AUGCAGUUAUCUAAUACAAAAUUAAUAUUCACAUUUAUUCUUACCCUAAAAUUUAAUCCCACACAGACAUUCAUAGCUUACGACUGCGAAGGUCCACAAGUCAACAUAACUGCAUUUAACAGUAUAAAUGUAGACUUUUGCGAAAACCCAAAACCCACAGUUAUACAAUCAAUACCUAAAAUAAAAUUACUGCAGAAAAUUGAAAUACAUUCACAACAAUAUAAAUCAUGUUUCAUUUCCAUAGAUUACCUAUUAACGAGAUGCUCCACAUUUGAAGACGCACAAAUGGUAGAAGGGGGAUUUUAUUCCGAGAUAAUUGAAUUAGGACACGCUCGAUGCGAAGAAAUACACCACAAAUUAAUUUACCAAACCCCGUUAGGGGGCAUAAUAUCGGGCUUACAUAUAAAUGAAACUUUCAUUACAUCCCACACAAGUGGUGGAUCUCUAGACAAAAAUGGCAACUGUAUAGGGACAACAUUUACAAAUUCCAGGGGUACAUGGAACAAUGUAAUAGUACAGGCUAAAUAUAAUAUUCAUUUAUCUGAGGGCACAGCCAUGGCAAAUACCAAGGAAAAUAUUCUAAUUUUACCGACAGGGUCUAGGUUAAAAUUAUCAGAUUCUUAUGGGCUUGACCAAUACAAGGGGGAAAUAAUAUGGACAAACGAAAGACAAGACUGUAGUAUAUCAGAAUACGACGUAUUAUAUGACGGACCAGCCUCCAUUGUCACUUCCGAAACCCAUAACAAUUAUAAAAUUGAUACGUACGUUGUAGAAACAACAUACAUAGCUUUUGCGCUAAAAAAAGUAUCUAUGACAUUCGCGUGCAAUAUCCCGGUCAUUCAAACUGAAAACAAUCAAUUACUAAUUAUAUCCCACCCAAUUUACGAAAACAGUUUCACUGCUGAACAAAUUCAACCCUUUAAUACUGACCUGCUAUCGUAUAUCAACACAAAAUUUGUAUAUCUGGAAUACACGAUAAAAAGAACGGUGACCAAGCUUUACGAAGACCUCAUAAAAAAACAAUGCAACUUUGAAAGACAGCUUCUCUUACAGAAACUCACCCUCGCUUCAUAUAGCCUUCCCGAAUUCGCAUACACCAUAGGAGAAGGACCCGGAUAUAUAGCUAUAAAAAACGGGGAAAUCAUAUAUCUCCAAAAAUGUAAACCUGUCAAUGUAGAGAUAUCUAUACAAACCUCAUGCUUCAACGAAUUACCGGUGCUGUAUAACAAUAGAACACUGUUCAUGACCCCAAAAUCACACAUACUUCAAACUUACGGAACGCAGAUUGACUGCAAUGAAUAUUUGCCACCAGCUUUCCAAAAAAAUGGAAAAUGGUUUUCAUUAACACCAAAGCACCAUAAAGUUAUAAUCCACAAACACUAA